AUGACUCCCAUCCGGCUCAACGUCUACCGCCUGACAGGCAGCUUCGCGGUUCCCGGCCUGUGCGGAUGCUGUGCUGCGUACCACACAGGUGUCCAGAUCGAUGCCACCGAAUACACUUUUUCCCAAGGCACCGGCAUCGUCGCCUCCGACUUUGAUCUCGUUCGCAACGGACCGCACACACGCGUGUCGGUCUUUGGCGAGUCGCCGGGGCUGAGUGACGAGGAGCCUGAAGACGCAGUCUUUGUCUACUCGCUGGACAUGGGCGUAUGCCCGAUGAACCGAACGCAGAUUGCGGCCACGAUUGAGUCCUUGCGCAGAGAAUUCGCUGGAGAGAACUAUCACAUUCUCGAGAGAAACUGCAAUCACUUCAGCGACGCACUCUGCCGACGCCUCGUGGGAAAAGGCAUUCCGGCCUACCUCAAUCGCGCAGCGUGGCUAGGAAGAUGGAUCAGCUGCUUCUUCCCCCCCGGCGCGUUGGAGCCGCACGUCUCCGAGCCGCCAGCCUCCUGUGCGACGGGACUCGAGCUCUUUGAGGGACCCGGGCGGCGCCUCGGCGGAGACACUUGCGCCUGUUCGCACAGCCUCCUGGUCUGCUCGCCCCAACAGGCCCCGGCGCUCUCAGGCGUUCUUCGUCGCCUGACGGAGCAAUGGUCUCAGGGAGACGGCUGUCUCUCCGACCAGCGGAGUUCGCAAAACGUCUUCAUUCCCGCGGAAGACGCCCGAGCGCUGGAGUUCUCGCGGGCGCUACUCGCAGAUGCAGCCAGAGCACGCAUGGAGCGGCAAAAAGGAAGGUAA